GAGAGAGAGAGUUUGUGUGUGUUCAUUCCACAAACUGGUAUUUUACCACCUAAGGGGUGCUUUGUAUUUCCCAUCUUGGAGAAGCUGUAACAGGAAAUCCUUGCAGUUCAACAUGGCACAAAGGAAUGGAGUAUUUCCCCAAGAAUUGGUCCAGGAACAGCAGAAGGGCCUAUUCAGGAAGGCAAAAUCGAUGAUUUUCCAAAAUCCCCCUCGUCGAAUUAUACCCUCUUCAAAGAACAACAAUGCUCAAGAGCUGGACCUCAAGGGCCAAGAGGACAGCAUUCCUGCCAGGCAAAAAACAGAGGGAAAGGACACUGGGGGCCCAUCCUGGAUGAGAAGUUUAGCUUUUGCCAUUCCUCCUAUGACCCUGGCAGUUCCUUUAAUCAUGGUGCAACCAUUCCCUCCUGUUUCCCCCAAAAGUCACCGGAAAGCCACCCCAAUCUGUCCUGACCAAGCAACGGAUGCUGCUCUGAAGAGGACAUCAAAAGUCCAUUCCAUGCUGGCCACAGAGCACAAGACAGGCUCCGAGACUGGGCUUGAGCCCUCCUCCGAAGGGCCCCAGGGGGAAGAUUCUGAAGCCAAAGCAGCCAUCCCAGUCUGGGUCAUCAAAGCAGUAUCCCCAGCACUGCCCACUGGGUCCAAGAUAUCCCUCGGAGUUCUCUCAGAACCCUCUUUUAAUUGGGCCCAGGGAGAAGAUCCUCCACCCCAAGAAGCCAGCCCAGGCUAUGCCAAAAAAGGAGUCAGUGUUCAUCACAAGAGGACCACCAAAGUAACCCCGGCACUUCCCACUGAGUCCAAGACAUUCCCCAAAGUUCUCUCAGAACCCUCUUUUAAUUGGACCCAGGGAGAAGGUCCUCUACCCCAAGAAGCCAGCCCAGUAUGUGCCAAAAAAGGAGACAGUGCUCCUCAGAAGAGGACCACCAAAGUAUCUCAGGCACUGCCCACUGAGUCCAAGACAUCCCCCAGAGUUGUCGCGGAACCCUCUGUUAAUUUGGCCCAGGGAGAAGGUCCUCCAACCCAGCCCAGUAUGUGCCAAAAAAGGAGUCAAUGCUCCUUGGAAGAGGACCACCAAAGUAUAACCAGCACUGCCCACUGAGUCUAAGACAUCCCCCAGAAUUCUCUCAGAACCCUCAUUUAAUUGGGCCCAGGGAGAAGGUCCUCCACCCCAAGAAGCCCAGCCCAGUAUGUGCCAAAAAAGGAGUCAGUGCUCCAUGGAAGAGGACCACCAAAGUAUCCUCAGCACUGCCCACUGAGUCAAAAACAUUCCCCAAAGUUCUCUUGGAACCCUCCUUCAAUUGGGCUCAGGGAGAAGGUCCUCCACCACAAGAAGACAGCGCAGUAUGUGCCAAAAAAGGAGUCAGUGCUCCUCAGAAGAGGACCACCAAAGUCUCCCCGGCACUGCCCACUGAGUCCAAGACAUCCCCCAGAGUUCUUUAGGAACCCACUUUUAAUUGGGGCCAGGGAGAAGGUCCUCCAGCCUAGCCCAGUUUGUGCCAAAAAAAGAAGUCAGUGCUCCUCAGAAGAGGACUACCAAAGUAUCCCCGGGACUGCCCACUGAGUCCAAGUCAUCCCCAAGAGUUCUCUCAGAACCCUCUUUUAAUUGGGCCCAGGGAGAAGGUCCUCCACCCCAAGAAGCCAGCCCAGGCUAUGCCAAAAAAGGAGUCAGUGUUCAUCACAAGAGGACCACCAAAGUAUCCCCGGCACUGCCCACUGAGUCCAAGACAUCCCCCAGAGUUCUCACGGAACCCUCUUUUGGUUUGGCCCAGGGAGAAGGUCCUCUACCCCAGCCAAGUAUGUGCCAAAAAAGGAGUCAGUGCUCCAUGGAAGAGGACCACCAAAGUAUCCUUGGCACUGCCCACUGAGUCAAAGACAUUCCCCAGAGUUCUCUUGGAACCCUCCUUCAAUUGGGCUCAAGAGAGAAGUUCCUCCACCCCAAGAAGCCAGCCCAGUAUGUGCCAAAAAAAGGAGUCAGUGCUCCUUGGAAGAGGAUAUCCAAAGUAUCCCCGGCACUGCCCACUGAGUCCAAGAUAUCCCACAGAGUUCUCUCCAAACCCUGCUUCAAUUGGGCUCAGGGAGAAGAUCCUUCACCCCAAGAAGCCAGCCCAGUAUGUGCCAAAAAAGGAGUCAGUGCUCCAUGGAAGAGGACCACCAAAGUAUCUUCGGCACUGCCCACUGAGUCAAAGACAUUCCCCAGAGUUCUCUUGGAACCCUCCUUCAAUUGGGCUCAGGGAGAAGGUCCCCCACCACAAGAAGACAGCACAGUAUGUGCCAAAAAAAGGAGUCAGUACUCCUUGGAAGAGGAUAUCCAAAGUAUCCCCAGCACUGCCCAGUGUGUCCAAGACAUCCCCCAGAAUUCUCUUGGAACCCUCUUUUAAUUGGGCCAGGGAGAAGGUACUCCAGCCCAGUCCAGUAUGUGCCAAAAAAGGAGUCAGUGCUCUUUGGAAUAGGAUAUCCAAAGUAUCCCCGGCACUGCCCACUGAGUCAAAAACAUCCCCCAGAGUUCUCUCGGAAUCCUCUUUUAAUUGGGCCCAGGGAGAAGUUCCUCCACCACAAGAAGCCAGCCCAGUAUGUGCCAAAAAGAGUCAGUACUCCUUGGAAGAGGAUAUCCAAAAUAUCCCCAGCACUACCCACUGUGUCCAAGACAUCCCCCAGAAUUCUCUUGGAACCCUCUUUUAAUUGGGCCAGGGAGAAGGACCUCUACCCAUGAAGCCAGCCCAGUAUGUGCCAAAAAAGGAGUCACUGCUCCUUGGAAGAGGACAUCCAAAGUAUCCCCGGCACUGCCCACUGAGUCAAAAACAUUCCCCAAAGUUCUCUUGGAACCCUCCUUCAAUUGGGCUCAGGGAGAAGGUCCUCCACCACAAGAAGACAGCGCAGUAUGUGCCAAAAAAGGAGUCACUGCUCCUUGGAAGAGGACAUCCAAAGUAUCCCCGGCACUGCCCACUGAGUCCAAGACAUCCCCCAGAGUUCUCUCGGAACCCUCUUUUAAUUGGGUCCAGGAGAAGGUCCUCCACCCCAAGAAGCCAGCCCAGCAUGUGCCAAAAAAGGAGUCAGUGCUCCUUGGAAGAGGACAUCCAAAGUAUCCCUGGCACUGCCCACUGCAUCAAAGACAUCCCCCAGAAUUCUCUUGGAACCCUCCUUCAAUUGGAGUCAGGGACAAGGUCCUCCACCAAAAGAAACCAGCCCAAUAUGUGCCAAAAAAGGAGUCAGUGCUCCUCGGAAGAGGACCACCAAAGUAUCCCCAGCACUGCCCACUGAGUCCAAGACAUCCCCCAGAGUUCUCUCGGAACCCUCUUUAAAUUGGGCCCAGGGAGAAGGUACUCCAGCUCAGCCCAGUAUGUGUCAAAAAAGGAGUCAGUAUUCCUUGGAAGAGGAUAUCCAAAGUAUCCCCAGACUGCCCACUGAGUCAAAAACAUCCCUCAGAGUUCUCUCAGAACCCACUUUUAAUUGGGGCCAGGGAGAAGUUCCUCCACCACAAGAAGCCAGCCCAGUAUGUGACAAAAGAGUCAGUGCUCCUUGGAAGAGGAUCACCAAAGUAUCCCGGGCACUGCCCACUGAGUCCAAGACAUCCCACAGAAUUCUCUCAGAACCUUCUUUUAAUUGGGCCCAGGGAGAAGAUCCUCCCCCCCCCCCAGCCCAGUAUGUGCCAAAAAAGGAGUCAGUGCUUCUCGGAAAAGGACCACCAAAGUAUCCCGGGCACUGCCCACUGAGUCCAAGACAUCUCCCAGAAUUCUCUCGAAACCCUCCUUCAAUUGUGCUCAGGGAGAAGUUCCUCCACCACAAGAAGCCAGCCCAGUAUGUGUCAAAAAAGGAGUCAGUGCUCCUCAGAAGACCACCAAAGUAUCCCCAGCACUGCCCACUAAUUGAAAGACAUCACCCAGAAUUCUCUCGGAACCCUCGUCAAUUGGGCUCAGUGAGAAGUUCCUCCACCCCAGCCCAGUAUGUGCCAAAAAAGGAGUCAGUGCUCCUUGGAAGAGGAUAUCCAAAGUAUCCCCAGCACUGCCCACUGUGUCCAAGACAUCCCCCAGAAUUCUCUCGGAACCCUCUUUUAAUUGGGCCAGGGAGAAAGACCUCUACCCAUGAAGCCAGCCCAGUAUGUGCCAAAAAAGGAGUCAUUGCUCCUUGGAAGAGGACAUCCAAAGUAUUCCCGCCAUUGCCCACUGAGUCCAAGACAUCCCCCAGAGUUCUCUCAGAACCCUCUUUUAAUUGGGCCCAGGGAGAAGGUCCUCCACCACAAGAAGCCAGCCCAGUAUUUGCCAAAAAAGGAGUCAGUGCUCCUUGGAAGAGGAUCACCAAAGUAUCCCCGGUACUACCCACUGAGUCCAAGAUAUCCCCCAGAAUUCUCUCGGAACCCUCCCUAUAUUGGGCUCAGGGAGAAGGUCCUCCACCACAAGAAGCCAGUCCAGUAUGUGCCAAAAAAGGAGUCAGUGCUCCUUGGAAGAAGAUCACCAAAGUAUCCGCGGCUCUCCUCAGUGAGUCCAGGACAUCCCCCAGAGUUCUCUCUGAAUCCUCCUCUAAUUUACCGCAGGGAGAAGCUUCUGCAGACCAAGAAGCCAUCCCAGCCUGUGUCAUCAAAUGAGUCAGUGCUCCUUGGAAUAAGACCGACAAAAUAUCCCUGGCACUGCCCACUGAGUCCAAGACAUCCCCCAGAAUUCUCUCGGAACCCUCCUUCAAUUGGGCUCAGGGAGAAGGUCCUCCACCCCAAGAAGCCAGCCCAGUAUAUGCCAAAAAAGGAGUCUGUGUGUGCUCCUUGGAAGAGGACCACCAAAGUCUCCCCGGCACUGCCCACUGAGUCCAAGAUAUCCCCCAGAAUUCUCUCGGAACCCUCCCUAUAUUGGGCUCAGGAAGAAGGUCCUCCACCACAAGAAGCCAGCCCAGUAUGUGCCAAAGAAGGAGUCAGUGCUCCUUGGGAGAGGAUCACCAAAGUAUCCCCGGUACUGCCUACUCAGUCCAAGACAUCCCCAGAAUUCUCUCGGAACCCUCCUUCAAUUGGGCUCAGGGAGAAGGUCCUCAACCCCAAGAAGAUAUCCCAGUAUGUGCCAAAAAAGGAGUCAGUGCUCCUUGGAAGAAGAUCACCAAAGUAUCGGCGGCUCUCCUCAGUGAGUCCAGGACAUCCCCCAGAGUUCUCUCUGAAUCCUCCUCUAAUUUACCGCAUGGAGAAGCUUCUGCAGACCAAGAAGCCAUCCCAGUCUGUGUCAUCAAAUGAGUCAGUGCUCCUUGGAAUAAGACCGACAAAAUAUCCCUGGCACUGCCCACUGAGUCCAAGACAUCCCCCAGAAUUCUCUCUGAAUCCUCUAAUUUACCGCAGGGAGAAGCUUUUGCAGACCAAGAAGCCAUCUCAAUCUGUGUCAUCAAAUGAGUCAGUGCUCCUUGGAAUAAGACCGACAAAAUAUCCCUGGUCCUGCCCACUGUGUCCAAGACGUCCCCCAGAGUUCUUGCUGAACCCUCCUUCAAUUGGGCCCAGGGAGAAAGUCCUCCAGCUCAAGAAGUUACCACAGGCUGUACUGCCAAAGCCAGUGGUGCCUGGAAGAGGACAAGGAAAUUCCAGCCAGCCUUUGCCCCCUAGUCAAAACCUUCUCCAACAACAGUCCACAAGCCCUCCUCCCAAACGCCCAAGGAAAAAGGUUGAGGACAACAAAGUCCAUUUUGGUCCUUUUUUAAACAUUUCCCCUCCGGCGGAGUCUAGGAGAGUCCGAGCUCUCUUAAUUUCCCCUACAAAGGGAACAAACUUAGGGAGAAUACAACAUAAAUAUCAAACACUUGGGUUAUCACAGGGGGUCCUUUACACAACCCAAUGGGUUGUGAAAGAAGUCACCAGGCUGUGGAUGAGCACUCAAAAGUGGCAACAUCUCCAGACUAAAUCCACAGUAACAAGAAGUCAGCCAACCUAGGAGUGGCUGGAGCCUCAGCAGAAACCACAGACCUUCCUCUCUUAGACUCUCUUAUCAAGUUGAGGUCUGAGUCCUGGAGGCCUGAGUGAAGCUGGACUGACAAGGAUGGCAGCCAAGUCCAGCUGUGCCAUUGACAACCUAAAGAUGUGGCCCUGGCAAGGAACCAGCCCCCAGUGGGUGCAGGUGCAGUGGAUCCAGGUACUUCUGGCUGCUGGUACUUGCAGGCAAGGGGACCUCUUGCUUGGGGGUUCCUGGUCAGUAUCUUUAGAGUUCCUGGUCAGAAGGCAAUGUUGAAGGGAAGCUUUAGGACCAUUCUCCCUAUUAACACUCAUUCCUCAUUUUAAAGAAACAAACCUGAAAAGAAUCACCCUUUCUUUGAAAUAUAUUAUCAGAACAGGAAAAACGAGAAUCCCAUCUUCAAAGGUGGACACUUAAGUGUAAACUAAUGGGAAACACCUGCAAAACCAAAGAAAAUGUGCAGAACUCAAAACAAUUUUAAAAAUCAAAAGAAAUUGAGAAAAAACUUAACCCAAAAAAAUCCUUCCAAGAAAAAACAAAAUCAUAUCGAAAAAAAGAAAACCCAACUUGCAAAGGAGGAAAGGAGUCUCAAGAUGAAAUUAAGUCUUUGCAAAAUGAAGAUUGGUUUUGGGAAACCAUAGAAGUGAAGAAUAACCAAGAAAUUACAAUAGAGAUUAUAAAUAUAGAAAACAAAUUGAACAAAAUGAAACAUAAUUUUAAGGAUAAAUUUGGAGAAGAGAUUAAGAAUAGACAAUUGAAGAAAUGGACUAGCUGAACAUUUUGACCAAAAAGACAACCUUAACACAAUAAUGGAAGGAAUAUUUUGGGAAUAUUUUCUGCAAUGGAAGGAAUAUUUUGGGAAUAUUUUCUGCAAUAAUAGGACACGUGGGGAAAAUGUCCACGUAGGAAAAAAAUCCCCCAAUACCAUCUCAAAAUCUAUUGUGGAAAACACAUCAGAAUAUUAGUGCUAAAUGUAGAAACCCAUAGAUCAAAGGGAAAAUUUUGGAAGAAAAAAACAAGUGGGAACUAUUAUCAGAAUUUACCAAGACACAACAGCAGCCCUAGUUAAAGACUGGAAAGAUACCUACUGAGUGCUGAUUCUGAGAGGGGAGGGCACAGAGGGGAGCAAAAAGGAGAAAAACAGAUGAGACACCAUGGAGCAACACCAACAUAGGGAGAGAAGGAAGACAAAAAGGAAAAACAAAGGGGAGGGAGGCAGAGGAGAGAGAGAAGAGGGAAGAAGAGCUUACAUUUGAGAGACUUCAUGGAGUAUAUUUAAAAGUUAUUCUUUAAUCUUGAAAUUAGUAUUUUUCCAAAUACAUGUAGGGAAUUCAACAUUCAAUUUUGUCAAACUUUGUGAUCCAAGCGUUCUCCUUCGCUUCUUUAACCCCACUCUUCCCAAGUCAGCAAGUGAUGUAAGUGAAAUAAUUACAACUCUUUUGCUCACUAAACCACAUUUCUCAGGUUGUGGAAGAAAAAAUCUAGUUCUCAGGCAAACCAGAACAAAGAAAAAAAUUAGAAUUCUGUGUGUCACCCCAUGACUCAGAUGGCUACUUGGAGACAUCUCCAGAUACAAACAGAAAGCAUGGGAUUCUAUGCAAGGAGAGGUCCCAGCACAGCAAGGGAGCAGCCUAGCAUGGUGUGCGGCCCCAGGCCAGAAAGAGGGGUUGGAUUAAAUAGAAAAAGUUAUUGGGGUCAGUGGAUGGAUGGAAAAGGAAGUAAC